AUGUCCAACAGCCCUACACAAUCUGCCGCCCAGCGCAAUACGAGGCCGCCGCGUACUCGCAAUGUCAACGUCAACAACGACACUCAGAACACCCAGUCCGACUCCGGUCUUCCCUCUCAAGCUACGACCCCAAGGCCCAAAAAGACCAGGCCUAGAAUGAACGACAACCGUGCCGCGUCAAACAGCGAUGUACCCAAGUCAACAAAUCCUCGUUCCAAGGCUCCGCACAAGUCGCAGUCACCGACCGCUACACCUGCGAAACCCGCUGCCUAUGCAGGUCCGACCUUCCACGCUUCUCCCGCCGCUUCAAACCUGCCAAUGCCCAAGUUUGCUUCCAAGUCGGUACCUCCUGUCACAACUGCCAAUUCUAUGCAAGCAAAGCUCGACGCAGAGUCCACAAAGCUCAAUGCACCUUCGCCGUCUUUCGACAAUGUUGCUCCGCAACAAAUCUCCAGAGAACGAUCGCCGCUUGACAUCUUCUUCAACGCUGACAGGCAAGAGAGAGCCGUCAAGAGUUCACCUUUAGCCCAGAGACGCACUACCCCGCCUGAAGCAAAGGGCAUGUUCAACUUGGACAUUGACACCUCUAGCAGCCCUGCUGCCAAUCGAAACCAGGCAGAGGUCGACAGACAGGCCUACACGCAGUCGCUGAAGAACUUUUUGAACCUGCAGCCCUCGACUACUUCGCCUGCCCAGCCUCGCGCUCAGCCAAACCCUGCCUUUCAGACGCCCCAACAACAGCGUACUCUUGACGCCGACCCUUCGUUGCACUAUGGCAACCGCAGUCUGACCCCACUGUUCCACGCUGCCCGAACACCUGGUUCGCCUCAGACCACCGCAAACUAUACUCCCAAGCGCGAGCCUUCGGGUCAUGCACAGCAACCUUUCGAUCCUCGUGCAUAUCUCGAAUCUCAGUCGCCUUUUAUUUCACGUCCUCAACAUGCUACAGCUUCGCCGCAGCAGCAUCAUUAUCAGCCUCAGCCUUACCACAGUCCUGCGCAGAAUAUUGGGGUCCAUCGACCACAGCCACCUCCACCUCAGCGUCCAACAGAACCUGAUCGUUCGCCUGAUGUCAAAGGCAUGGAAGCCAAGCUCAAGGGCAUGCUGAAACUCACCUGA